CCAUCCUCGGUCUACUGAGCCUUGGUUGCCCUCCAAUCAAUCAUACAUGGGAGGAGGGAGCAACUCCGGCAAGGUAGGCGCGUCGGAGGCGUUGAGCCUCGUGUUCCGCAUCGCGACGGUGGGGCUGUCGCUGGCGUCGGCGAUCACGACGGCGGCCUCGACGCAGAGCCAGUGCGUCCACGAGGACUGCAACGGCGAGGCGACCGCCACCGUCUCCUUCGGCAACUACAACUCCUUCAAGUAUUCGGCGCUGGCCGACCUGCUGUCGGCGGUGCUGCAGGGCGUGGCGAUCUGCCUGGAGGUGGCGCGGAAGGACAAGGCAGCCAAGGUCGUGGAGCUCAUCGACAGCUCCUGCUGGCGCUCACCUCGACGUCAGCGGCGCUGCUGCUGCCGUCGACGACAUCACCUCCUGCGGGUCACCUCGCGGUGGCGGGCGCCGGCGCAGCAGACGCUUCUGCACCCAGGCCGGCAGGUUCUGCGGGAAGAUCCGAGCGUCGUCGGCCUUGUCCCUCGUCGCCGCCGUUUCCGUCUCCGUCACCGUCUACACCAGGCACAUCCCCGUAAGUUUUACGCUUACGCCACGGACUUCGACCUCAGCCGCGGGAAUACCAAAGAAUGGAGACACAACAGCACCGCCACCAAGUGUUAG